CCAGCCCGGGUCUGACGUUGGAGCUGGUCAGUUCCGUGUUUACACACCCCAGGGAGGAAGACAGGAAAGAGAGGGCAGAGAGCCGGGAAGCAGCGCAGGGAGGGCGCACAGCCACAGCAGCACAGAGGACGGACUGCUACAGCAGAACAAAACAAGCGCCUGGGACAUGCAGCAGUGACCCCGGCAGCAGCCCGCACCAGAGCCCGCGUCUGAUCCCCCGCUGCUGACGGCAUGUUCUCCCGCAAAAGUCAUGGAGACCUCAAGAAAUCUACACAGAAAGUUCUGGACCCAAAGAAGGACGUCCCCACCCGGCUGAAGCACCUGCGAGCGGUGCUGGACAUUCAGGAGUGGAGUGAAUUGAAGCAAUUCUUUGAAGCGCACUAUUCUCAGAUUUAUUUUAUCUUCUAUGAAAAUUUCAUUACACUGGAAAGUAGCUUAAAGCUAAAAGGGAAUAAAUCUCAAAGGGAGGAGCUGGACUCCAUCCUAUUUCUUUUUGAAAAAAUUCUACAACUACUACCUGAAAGGAUUUUCUACCGCUGGCAGUACCAUAGUAUAGGUUCAGUUUUAAAGAAGCUUUUACACACUGGAAAUUCUAUAAAAAUACGAUGUGAAGGAAUGCGGCUGUUUCUUCUCUGGCUUCAAGCACUGCAGACAAAUUGCGGAGAGGAGCAGGCACUAAUAUUUGCAUGUCUUGUUCCUGGCUUUCCUGCCGUCAUGUCAUCUCGAGGUCCUUGCACACUGGAUACCCUCAUAAGUCCUACUUAUAAUUUACCCGAUGGUAAAGUCUAUCCUGAGGAAAUCACGCCUCUUGUGCCAGUGGUGUCUGGUGAAAAAUCCCCCGAUGAUCCAAGCUGCUUUUUCUUACAAAUGCUGUUGAAGUACAUGGUAAUACAGGCUGCAAGCUUGUCUUGGAGAAAUAAGGAGAACCAGGACACGGGCUUCAAGUUUCUAUUUAACUUAUUCAGAAAGUAUUAUCUGAGUCACUUAUUUCCGUCAUUUAAUAAAUUGUCGAACCUUUACAAGCCUGUACUUGAUGUUCCGGAUGUCAGACCAAAGCCAAUGUAUGUCACUAUAACCCGGAACAAUGAAAGCCUUUAUAGCACGAAAAUCCCUUACAUGGCAGCUAGAGUCGUGUUCAUCAAGUGGCUUGUCACAUUCUUUCUGGAAAAGAAAUAUGUAGCAUCUUGUCAAAGCGCUAAGAACGGAGGGGAGGUUCUACCCAGACUGAUCCAGACAGUGUCUGUGAUGAAUGUGAACCAAGAAAAGAACGUAGAAGCGGAGUCCACUGGAGCCCAAGAGCAGGAGAAGAACCACUCGAACAGCAGCACGUUGUCCGACCGGAGACUCAGCAACUCCAGCUUGUGCAGUAUAGAGGAGGAUCACAAGAACGUGUACGACAUGGUGCAGAGGAUUCUCCUGUCCACACGAGGAUAUGUCAACUUCAUCAAUGAGGUCUUCCGGCAGGCAUUCUUACUACCGGCGUGUGAUGUCUCUGCCACAAGGAAAGUUGUGAAAGUUUACAGGAAAUGGAUUUUGCAAGACAAGCCUGUUUUCAUGGAGGAGCCUUCAAAGACCUCAGUCAACCAUGAGAGUUUGCCAGUUUUUGAGUCCUCUGUAACAGAGACGGAUAGCAAGCAGGUCCCGGCAGAGCAGAGUGGACACAAGCGCUCGUCUAGCUGGGGGAGGACGUACUCGUUCACCAGUGCGGUCAGCCGAGGCUGCGUGUGUGAGGAUGAGAACAUGGAUGUCAAAGCGGGGGAUCAGGCUACUUUACAGGUUUUCCUGACCAACUCGGCCAAUGUGUUCCUGUUGGAGCCAUGUCCAGAAGUCCCUAUGCUGUUGGAGGAGCAAGUGGAGGCCUGCAAAUCUGUGUUAAGCAUUUAUCGGCGAAUGAUCAUGGAUCUCAUGAUGGAUAAACGGACAUGGGAGCAGAUGCUACAGAUACUACUACGGAUAACGGAAGCAGUUGUUCAGAAACCAAAGGAUCCCUCAAAAAAAGAUGUGUUCUCUCAGGAUCUUGCGGGGGUGUUAUUCCGGACACUAAUUGUAGCUUGGAUCCGAGCCAAUCUGAGUGUUUUUAUCUCUCGGGAGCUGUGGGACGAGCUGCUGAGCGUUCUGUCCUCGCUCACCGACUGGGAAGAGCUCAUCAGUGAGUGGUCCAAGAUCAUGGACUCGCUCACUGCGGUGCUAGCGCGGACUGUGUAUGGACUGGACAUGAACAGUUUACCUUUGGACAAGCUGAGUGAGCAGAAGGAGAAGAAACAAAGGGGGAAGGGUUGCUAUGCUGAUCCUCAGAAGGGGGCAGCAGUGGGCAGAUCAUUCUCUUUGAGUUGGAGAAAUCACCCAGAUGCUCACGAACCAAUGAGAUUCCGCAGUGCUACUACCUCUGGGGCUCCCGGUGUGGAGAAGGCUAGGAACAUGGUGCGGCAAAAAGCCACAGCCAAGCGAAGUCAGUCUAUCAGCAACUGUGUCCAUCUCUAUGAGGCUUUGCCAGCUGCUAAAAGUGUUCCCCAUCUCCUUCACACUGUGAGCUCUCUCUUACCUGGUAUCUCUUAUGCGUCUUGCUCUCAAAAACUCUCAGAAGUGGAUGAGUUGCAGCAGCCAUUGGAAGCCAGCUGUGAAUCGGGAGGAGUCGGCUGUCAGGAGCCCCAGGAGCUAACGCGCUGUAGCAGUACUUCUGAUAUAACCGAGCAGUCAUGUCCUGACUCAUUGCAAGAGCAGAAAAAUGAAAACACUAAUGAAUGUUCCCAGGACUCGAUCUCUGCUCCAGAAGAAACCACUGAUGGCGGGGUGAAGGAUGCUGAGGGGCCAGUGAUUAUGAUCCGGAGGAGUAGCAGUCCAGCGGAAUUGGAGUGGCAUUCCGAUACAAAGCAUUCAAAUGGAAGAAUUUCUGAUCAUGACAGAGUUGAAAGUGUCAGCAGUGAUGUGACAAAUGGAUACGGUCAGGAAGCAGAAUAUCUGAUGCCAUGGCAGAACUGUGAGGAUGAGCCUGAAGUCACUACACCUAUGGAUGUGGCCAUCGAUCACGAUGCACGGCAGUGGCUGCAGCUCACUCCCCCUGAUCCUGCAGCUCCUCUGACAGAUAGCAGCGAGUGUCUUGCUGGGGACUGCAGCAUCAUAGCUGGCGGCAAUUUAUCUGGCUGGCAUCCUGACUCUGCAGCUGUUUUGUGGAGAAGAAUCUUAGGAAUACUCGGAGAUGUGAACAAUAUCCAGUCCACAAAAAUCCACGCCAAGGUGUUUGUUUACCUCUACGAGCUGUGGUACAAGCUGGCUAAGAUUAGAGACAACUUAUCAAUCAGUCUGGACAAUCAGUCUUCCCCUUCGCCCCCUAUUUUGAUCCCACCGCUUCGAAUGUUUGCCUCUUGGUUGUUUAAGGCAACUACUCUGCCCAGCGAGUAUAAGGAAGGCAAACUGCAGGCGUACAAGCUGAUAUGUGGCAUGAUGACCAGACGCCAAGAUGUCCUACCAAACUCUGAUGUUUUGGUUCAUUUUUAUCUUGUCCUGCACAAUGGCCUCAAUCAUGAAGAUCAAGACAUCGUGAAUACAAUCAUAAAGCACUGCUCCUCCAGCUUCUUCUUCCUCGGCUUGCCUGGAUACACAAUGCUGAUAGGAGACUUCGUUGCAGCUGCGGCCAGGGUUCUGAGUACAGACAUGUUCGAGGCACCACGUCUGGAAGCACAGAUCAUUUUGGGAUCCCUUGUUUGCUACCCAAACAUUUAUAAAGACCUCCCCUUGCUAGAGUCGUCCAGUGGACUGAAUGAUGUCAUCAUAGACAACAAGGACAUCAAGAGCAUUUUGGUUGACAUUUUGCUCAAGAACGCCAGGGAGGAGCAGAAUGAAUCAGCAAGGUGCAUUGCAAUCUGCUGUCUUGGGAUAUGGAUCUGUGAAGAGCUGGUAGAGAAUACCAAUCAUCCUCAGCUUAUCGAUGCGGUUAAUGUUAUUGGAGUAACACUCAAGUUUUCUAAUAAAGUAGUCGCCCAGGUGGCCUGCGAUGUGCUUCAGCUUUUGGUUUCUUACUGGCGAGAACUUCAGGACCCCGAUAUGCCUUUGUGUAGAAAGAUCACGGAGAUUUUGGUAGCAACUAUUUCGUUCCUUCUGCCGAGUGCAGAGAACUCCUCAGUGGAAACAGAUAAAAAGUUUAUAGUGUCCUUGUUGCUGUGCCUGUUGGAUUGGUGCAUGGCUCUUCCCCUCCAGACAUUACUUGAGCCUAUAUCUACAUCUCCCCUUGAAGACACAAAUAUGCCCAAACCUUCCCUCCUUGACUAUAUUUACAGGGUUCUACAUUGCUGUGUGUGUGGCUCUAACACAUACACUCAACAAAGCCAGUAUAUUCUGAGCCUGGCUGACCUCUCCUCCAUUGAAUAUGAUCCAUUUCUACCCCUGGGGAGCGUGAAGAAUUCUGAGCCUCCACCUUCAUUUUCCUCCUCUGACUUCAGCAACCUUUUGACCGUGGCAGAAGAAAAGAAAAGGCGAAGCCUGGAGCUCAUCCCUCUAACUGCGCGUAUGGUCAUGACACAGCUCGUCAACCAUCUUGGACACUAUCCUCUGAGUGGAGGCCCAGCUAUUUUACAUAGUCUGAUAAGUGAGAACCAUGAUAACCCGUUUGUGGAGGCAACUGAGCUUUCAAACGAUGUAUUCCGAAGCCCUAACCUGCAACUUUUUGUAUUUAAUGAUAGUGCUCUUAUUUCUUAUCUGCAAAUCCCUCCAGCAAAUUCCUUUGAGAGAGACUCAACAACCGGGGUGCCCGGCGAUGUGCGGGUAAUUGUCCGAGAUAUCUCAGGGAAAUACUCUUGGGAUGGUGGAAUCAUGUAUGGCCCGCUAGAGUGCCCCUCAGUGGCCACAAAACAAAGAAGACUGGAAAGUGGACAACAGGGUUGUAGUGACCAGAAUAUGACGCCGUCAGAUUUCUUUGACGGGGAUGAAUUGGAUGCCCUCGAUACAUUACUGGAAAAACUUGGCAGCACAAGUCCAGAGUGCCUACAGCAUCCGGAGCUGAGGCUGAACGAGCCAGCUCUACCUCCUGUUGGAAUGAGCCAAGAACAAGAAGAGGAGAUCAUACAGGCAAUCACAAGACAAAGUGCCAGUGAGACUGAGCACAUCGAGAGAUGUAACGGUGACUCUAGUGUGAAGGUUUCAUCCCAGGAAGAACCCAGCACUGCUGAGCCACAAGCACCUUUUUAUUUCUGUAGACUUUUGUUAAAUGAUCUGGGAAUGAAUUCCUGGGAGAAAAGAAAUAAUUUCCACCUGCUGAAGAAAAAUUCCAAGUUGUUACGAGAGCUUAAGAAUUUGGAUUCCAGGCAGUGCCGCGAGACCCACAAGAUCGCUGUGUUUUACAUUGCUGAAGGGCAGGAGGAUAAGUGCUCCAUACUUUCCAACAGCGGAGGAAGCAAAGCUUAUGAAGAUUUUGUAGCAGGCCUCGGGUGGGAGGUCGAUCUUUCGACUCACUGUGGAUUUAUGGGUGGUCUACAGAGAAAUGGAAGCACGGGACAAACUGCACCUUAUUACGCUACCUCUACUGUUGAAGUGAUCUUUCAUGUGUCCACACGCAUGUUGUCUGAUUCAGAUGAUUCACUGACUAAAAAGCUCCGGCACCUUGGAAAUGAUGAAGUUCACAUUGUUUGGUCUGAACAUACCAGGAACUACCGAAGAGGCAUUAUACCUACAGACUUUGGAGAUGUUUUAAUUAUUAUUUACCCAAUGAAGAAUCGGAUGUAUUUUAUAGAAAUAAUGAAGAAGCCAGAGGUGCCAUUUUUCGGUCCCCUUUUUGACGGCGCUAUUGUGACAGAAAAGCUGUUGCCAACUCUUGUGUGUGCAACCUGUAUCAAUGCCAGCAGAGCUGUCAAGUCCCUUAUCCCUCUCUACCAGAGCUUCUAUGAGGAAAGGGCUCUGUACCUUGAAGCAAUAAUUCAGAACCAUCGAGAAGUGAUGACAUUUGAAGACUUUGCUUCUCAAGUGUUCUCUCCGACUCCCAGUUACUCUCUGGUCGGCUUGGGUCUCCCUUCAAGUACCAGUUCUGAUCUGUCAGUGAGCACAGGACCAGAACCGCCAGAGCCCUCCUCUCCAACACUAACACGCGCCACCAGAACUAAAGUUUCGGGAAAGCUUCGACGCUCUGCCAGUGCUGUCAGCAAAUCUUCCAAUUGAAAGCACUUUUUUAUACUGAACUCUAGUGAAGAGCUGUUUUUAAUCUAAAAAGAAAAAAAUCUAUAUAAAUCUGACUUUGCACCUGUGACUAUAACUUUUUAAAGGACAAGCUGUGCAAUGUUGUAAUGUGUGUCUAACGGGGCAGGACCCCCCCCUGGGCAGGUUGUUAGUAAACCAUCCAUUAGGCGCUGAGGUAUGAUGCAACUCUGUAGCAUUGAUGGAGGCAAAAGGAUUAUCUGACAAAGCGGAAUGAUGCAACAGCUCCAAAGGACAAGGGACCUCAUACCCAGGAAGCACAGCAACACUUCUCGUAAGGCAUUUUAGGUAUUAAGGAUGUGAUUGCCUCACGUUGUUCUGGCUGUCUGUGUAACACUUUCACUGCUGGGAAGUGGAACAGGGGGCACACUCAACAAUGGUUGCGGUGUCUUAAGAAGCCACGUAUAGUUCAAGUUUUCUUAACCCAGGUUCCUUUCAGAACAGGCUGAACCGUGGAUCUGUCGGCCUUAAAUAUGUGAAUUUUUUCCCAAUGGUGUGCAUAAAAGAAGGAAGGAAAAUAAAUGUAUAUUUUUAAUUAUCUGCAGAGAUCUAGGCCCAGAGUUCUAUAGCUUGGCAGAUUGUUGGAAUAUUAAGGGAGAUGUCCACGUUGAAACUAUCUUCUGACAUCAGAAGGAGCCGUAGGUGGAUGAGCUUCUGAUACCCAACAAUUCGGGGAUCAAGGCAAAGAGGUCUUGCGCCCCUUUAGAACCAGUUGGAAAUUUUCGGCCCAGGUUUUGAACACUGAUGAUGGGCAUCUCUGAAGAUGCUUUCAAGGUGGAUUUCUCUUUUGAGUGCAUUACAUGGCAUCUACUAUAGGAGAUCUCAGAUAUGUUUCAUUCUCUCUUUUUGUUUCCACUGUUCUCUCGUUUUUUUGUUUUUGUUUUUGCAUGGUUUCCACGCCUAUUUAUACAAUUCUGUUUUAAGUGUUUUAGUCGAGACCCACAUUCCCCAAAUGAAGAAAAAAAAUAACUUGUUGAUUUACUAUUUUGCUGAAGGUUCAUGUUUAAUUGAGCGUAUUGUCGUCGUGGCCUUGGAUGUCGUUUUCACAUCUGUAAUGGAUACUGCUUACUUUUUCGUGUGACCUUCUGCCUUUAUGGUCUUCUGGAUUAGCUGCUUAGGAAGUUGUUCAAUGUGAUUUAUUUCUGUUCAGUUCCAUUAGUUAUAUGAAGUAGAGAUGUCUUUCAAUGCAGCUGGAUGCAUAUUCGGCCACUUGUGUUUUUUGUGUGUGUCUAUGGGAUUUUUGCACUAAUUUAAGUGAUUUUUUCUCUGUACUCUAUUCAGGUUUGUACCAAUUAGUUUGAUGUAAAUAGGGGCUGUUGAUUACACUGAAAUGUUGCUUUGUGGACUUUUAAGUGAAGAGCAGAAGCGUUCUUUCCACUUGCAGACUGAAACGGCAAAGCAUUAAGCAGUGUGAAUCUCCUGAGGCUAAAUCAACAGAUGUCUUCACAGCGAGCUAACCCGCUACUGUGUAAAUCCAUGCCUUGCAGACGCCUCUUCUACAGAGCCACCAUCUCUUGCUCAUCUCCAGCAGGUCAACUGCAAAUUAGUAGUAAUUGUGUAAUUUGCAUAUUGGAGAUACUGUAGCCGCUGUGUGUUUGUGUUGUUGUGUAGCCGGACGUUGCUCUUGAUUAGCACCUAGUGAAAAAAAACAGAUUUGGUCUGGCAGGAAACUUGACAUUAUUGUUAAAAGCAUUGUAAGGGGUUAAAAAAAAAACAUGGGGGUUUAUCAAGGGACUUGCGACUAUUUUAGUUGAAAAAAAUAGUCCCCUUUUUGUCCGGCCGUGCAAAUUUACUAAAGUGUACAUGCUGCCAGGCACACAGACUGCCUCAGAUCAGCCUAAUUUAUGACGAGGCGCACGCCUCGUUAUAAAUUAGGCUAGUCCUCCAGCAACACAAAGGUCUUCGUAAAUGUUCCUCAUGGUUUCUUGCUGAAAAAGUGACCUACCUGUCCACAGGUUGUGUGUUGUAUUGCUGCUCUGCUUCAUUGAGGUCAAUAGGGAUGUGCUGUAAUACCACACACAACCUGUGGACGGUUGUGGCACUGUGUUUGGGAGAAAGCAGCUAUGUUUUUCCAAUCCUGUGCGACACUUUUAAAGGAGUUUGCCACUUUCUGGUUACUGUUGAUCAGUGUGUUUGUAAGAUGAUUGUAGGACACUUACUAAUAUAGCCUUUGUUGAAUUUCUGCACCAUUUUCUAUAUUUUAUAAAGUAUUUCCCCCCUUUGCUGUCCACACAGAGGUCCUGUUCAUAAGAUGGCCACUGAUGGAGGGUCAUGUGACCAGGCAAAUCGCCUCCAUGUGAUAUCUCUUCUGUUCAAACAUGCUGCACCUGCAUUAAGUUUCUAACCGAACAAGUGCAGAUGUCAGGUGCAGUGUACUUGAAUGUAGGAGCCAUCACGUAGAGGUGAUUUGCUUGGUCACAUGAACCUCCAGCAGAUGCCGUUUUAUGGACAGCACAAAAGAUUUUUCCAAUAAGCAAGCUUACCUUAUGAAAUAUGGAAAAUUAUGCAGAAUUUCAACAAAGGCUAUAUUGCUAAGAGCCGUAUAAUCAUCUCACAAACACAUUGGUCAACGGUAACCAGAAAGUGGCCAACCCCUUUAAGGGUGCCAUUGACAAUACUCUGGCCAGUCCAACACAAAUUACUGGAUGAAGGUGUAUGCUGGCUUUGUGAGAUUACAAAAAUAAGUCCUUGUUUUAUUUUUCUUUAAAAAAAAAAGCUCACCAUUCUUUUCCAUGAGUUACAUCUGGUAUUGCAGGUUGGGCACAAUUUAACUGAAUGGGGCUGAGAUGCAAUACCACAAACAGGCUAUGGACACGAGGGACCUUGUUUCUGGAACAAAAGCAGACUUUUCUAAUAUUGGACAAUCCCUUUAAGUGCACAAGACUGCUACAAUAUGCCUUUUACUAAAGAGCGAAAAGGACACAUCUUGAGAAAUACAAAGACGGCUGCCUCCAAAGGCUUUUGGCCUAUAUAUCCCUGCUUGUGAGUUAAUAUUUAGCAGACACUAUAGGUUUAUAGGUAAAUGCUGGCUAAGAUAACGUGAAGAUGCUGUAGGUUUUCAAGGGGGAAAAUCAUUGUGCUAGCAGGAACGGGCGUAAUUUGGGUCCCUUACUUGCACAGAGCAGCUUGAAGGAUUACACAAGGUUCUUUCAGGCUUCGUGCUCUUCAUCUCGGUGAGAUUUAUACAGCACUCAGGGUGAUGUGAAGGAGAGGAUUUGAGCACUUUGGCUGUCAGUUCCCUCUGGAAUUACAAAGGUGAUGCCGGUAAAUAUGAGUCAGUGCAGAAAUCAGGAUUGUAUUCAUAUUGCCCAUCACCAUUAAGGGUGUUUUAGAAGCUGUCAGUCAACCUCUAUUCAGCCCAUACCACCCAGUCUUUACUCGUAUGUAAAGUACAAUGGAAAAGAAGAAACGAAUGGACCAGAAAAAUAUUACUUCUUUCCUUAAGAUAUUGUUUGUCUUGAUCUUAGACGACUGGAAUUGAACAGGGUUCUUUGUGUACAUGAACUUGAUGUCGGGGGUUUAUGGCCGUGCUCUUUGUGCGGGGCCACCUCACAGGCCUUUCGCUUCCUGGCUGGGGAGGUUUUUAGUGUGAACAGUCUGUUCUUCUAUAUUCUUGAAUUCUAUUAGAUGUUGUACAUAGGAGUAUAAAUGUAUAUUACAAAUCAUGUUCUUUAUUUUGAGGGUGUGCUACAAGAAAUGCGGGUCCUUUCAAUUUUCCCUUUUUGGUGCAUUAAUUGUAAUAUUUGUAAAACAAAAUGAAUGCUUGAAAAAUCCAACUUUACUGCUGACAUAUCAUUCAUUUCUUUUUAAAUAUUUCCUGAAAUUAUUUGUGUUUUUUUUCCUAAUUUCAAAUUGAAUUUAAUUAAAAGUAUUUAAAAUUCA